CAGUAACCACAUGUCUGGGACUUGCAUAUUUGCUCCCACGUGGGCCGCUCAUUAUCGAACGAUCUUCCAGACGCAGUCCUGGUACGAGGAGCCUAUGGCCAGCGACGCCAGAGACAUGGCGACUUCUCAAGCAGGGUCCGUGCCCCAGAGGCGAACCUCGGUAAUCUCAAUGCCAUGAUCUCCAAUUCCACCUGCUUCAAAUACCUGCCUCACCUGCCUCCACCGAAGCUGUGGAGAGAGACAUCGUCCUCCAUCGACGUGCUCGUCUCUCCAUGGAGUCCUCUGCAAUUCCAAAGAAGACCUUGCCAUGCAGGUUCUGCGAUAGACACUUUCGCCGCCUUGAACAUGUCCAGCGCCACGAGCGCACACACACAAAGGAGACUCCAUUCAAGUGCCCUUGCGGAAGAUCUUUCAGCCGAAGAGAUCUUUUGCGCCGCCACGAAAAAGCCGUCCACGAUGGCAGGUCCUGUGGAAGAUACGAGUCGCCGAGCCAAACAAAGUCAACAUCGAGCAGUAUUCUGGAUCCUUCAAAUGGCGCAUCUACCACCAUAUCGACCAACUCAAAUGAGCCAGUCGAUCAGAGCGUCAGCUCACCUCAACAUGCACUCCAUUUGGGAGCAAGACGCGAUCUUCCCAUCGACCCUUUAACGGAUUUUGCCCAGCUCGCGCCUGACCACAAUACCGACGGCCCGGUCGGUGGAAUUAGUACCUUGGGAUUUCCCGCGGGAGGACUGCAUGUGCAAAGUCUACCACAAGUCGACCAGGUGGCUGUGGAAGAGAUUGGCUCUGCGAUGGACACCGACAUCUACAGCCAAUUCGACAGCUUGAACGACUUUCUCGAUCUCAACGAUUUCUCGAGCUUGAUUCCUCCGGACUAUGCCUUUGAUCUUGGCUUGCAAGAUUUUGCUUUUGCCUCCGAUCUUCCCCAUAAUCCCUUCCACGGCAAUAGUCAAGUACAGAAUGAUUCAGGAGGUCAUGGCGUGCGCAUCGAACAAGACACGUCCUUUUCCAGGUUUGGUUCUCCUCUGCCCGCCCUGCACUUCGAAUCUCGAGAGCAAGCAUCCAAAGUUCCUGGUCAAGCUGAACAGAAUGCAAACUUUCGGCGUGUGUGGAAGAUAUCCGGGCAUCAAUAUCGCCAGGUGGUUACCAACAUCCAGAACUUUGCCCAUGUAUUGCCCAAAGACUUCGUCAUGCCGUCAAGGCACACCAUGUCGAGGUUUCUCGAAGGCGCAAUCAAAGGCUACUAUGAACACCUUCCGAAUCUGCAUAUUCCGACAUUCUCGCCUUCAGAUGUGGCUCCGGAAUUACUCUUGGCCAUGUGUGCGAUUGGAGCAUUGUUUCGAUUCGAGUCGCACCGAUGUCCGAUGCUAUUCCAUGCUGCAAAGGCGAUAGCCUCUGAGCAGAUCAAGCGUCAGGAGAAUGCUUUCUCUGGUGACGAUGCACAUAUUCUUCGAAGGGAAUUAACUUCUGCGUCGGUCACAUUUUCAAACCCGAGUAAUACUGAAUUCUCUGCUCCAUCGUACGAUGCGGCAAAGAAAAAGGCAAGCGUGACAGAUGCACAGGUGCAAACUUUGCAAGCCUUACUCGGCCUCUUGUGCCUCGGCGCUUGGGGACCGCAACAAGAGCUUAUCAAGGAAGCAAUCUCUCUCCAAAGUCUAGUUGCAACGAUGGCUCGAGAUGAUGGAUUCUCCAAGCUGAAAAUGCCGAUGCCUUCCGCGGCAGACAUGUCAGACUGGCACUCCUGGGUCGUCAUGGAGAGCCGAAAACGUACAAAGCUAAUGACUUAUUGUCUGCUUCAAUUGAUAUCCGUUGCGUAUCACAUUCCUCCGCUGAUUCUCAACUCGGAGAUUGACUGCUGUCUUCCAUGCUCCGCCAGGGAGUGGAAUGCGAGUAACGCGCAAGAGUGGCAGGAAGUCCGAAGGUCGUCUCCAUUCAGAGAAGUUCCAUUCCAGGAGGCCUUCCAGACCAUGUUUGAGAACGGAGGAUCAUCGCCAGCACACCUCUCCUUGUCUCCAAUGGCCAAUUACGUCCUGAUCUUGGCGAUUCUGCAACACAUCUAUCUUCGCCGUCAGACAUUGGCGAGCUCGAAACACUCGUUAAGUACCGAUGACAUUGGGGAGAUCAGUCGGGCCUUAAGAUGCUGGCAGAGCCGAUGGGAACAAGGUCCCGAGACCCAUUUUGAGCCGUCAUCGGCGACGGGGCCUGUUGCUUUCUCUUCUACUGCACUUCUGAGAAUGGCAUGGAUCAGGCUUCAUUCGGACCUGGGACCUUGCAGAAAUCUGGCCAGCAGGGACGCUAGCAUCAUCGCCUCUGCUUUCAAAAACAGUCCUCCACUGAAGCGAGGGCCAGAAUUGAUUCAUCCGGUUCUGCAGGCGGCUCACGCACUUUCUGUGCCGGUCAGAAUGGGCAUCAAAUAUGUCGCCAAAACACAGACAUUGUCCUGGAGUGUUCAGCAUUCAUUUUCGAAUCUGGAAUGCGCAAUAUUCCUCAGCAAGUGGCUCGAACUGAUCGCCGUAGCUUCAAGUACCGGUUCUUUAGACAAAGAGGAGCUGGUCCUGGUUCAGAUGAUACAAAGUCUGUUGAGAGAGACAGGUCUCUUUGACGAUGACAUGAUGCACAACCUUUCGGAUCGACAAGACCACAAACAAAAGAUUCGCUGGCUCGCAACCGCUGUGGCAAGGAUGUGGGCUGAGAUUUUCAAAGGAACGCACAUUUUCGAGAUUGUCAAUAUCAUAGGGGCGAGUCUGACAAUGUAUGCCGAGUCCAUGGAGACCACAUACACACCAGCAAAUCAAGCUUGAUUUCGUCUUGCUCGGAGUUUGCUGUGGUCGACAAGGACGUCGGUUUUCAAGAUAGGAGCACAUAGUUCAGAACCAAAAUGCCCUCGCGAUGCAUACGCAAGGCCAGUGGUCGUGCAUCUUACCAGAUGUUCGCCGUCCAAUGCACCAAUGCUGCUCGUUAAAGCUAUGAACGGUUUUCAAGCCCAAUCGAAUGUACAAUUCCCGGAGGGGUUGAGGGAGUAUUGGCUCG